AAAAGGCUGAUGUGACCUGACCUGCAGGCGUCACAAGGACAUUUGGAGACUGAGCUCUUCAAAAGUUGUUAUUUCAUGUUUGUUCUUCCUAAUUCUUCUUCAAAUGAUGAUCCUCACGAAUGUGACGAGGAUGAGGAGCUUCUUCAUCCUGGGAUUCCCUGGACUUUCACCUCAGUAUUAUGGACCCGUGUCCGCUCUGCUCUUUGUCGUGUACCUGUUCAUCGCAGUAGGGAACAUUUUCAUUUUGGCCUUUGUUUCGUGUGAGAAGUCGCUCCAAAAACCGACAUAUCUGGUGUUUUGUCACCUGGCGCUGAACGACCUGACGUUCGGCACCGUGACUCUCCCAAAGAUCAUUUCCAAAUACUGGUUUGGCGACGGUGUUGUUCCGUUUUAUGGCUGUUUCGUGCAGAUGUUCUUCGUCCACUAUUUAGGAUCCGUGACCUCCUUCAUCCUGCUGGUGAUGGCUCUGGAUCGAUUCAUCGCGAUAUGCGUCCCGCUGCGCUAUCCCGUCCUCGUGACGAACAACAUCAUCUCGGCGCUCUGCGGCUUCGCCUGGUUCAUCCCUCUGCCUCUGAUGGUGGCCGUCGUCCUCCACGUCCUCACGCUGCCGUUCUGUAAAUCCAACGUCAUCGCUCAGUGUUACUGCGACCACAUCUCCAUCACGAGCCAAGCGUGCGGUGAGGACGUGAGAAUCGUCGCCAUCACGUCGCUGUGCGUCGCCAUGUUCUGUCUCUUGGUGCCUCUCGCUUUCAUCUUGUUUUCCUACAUUUCCAUUCUUGUGGUCAUUUUGAAAAUGACCAACGGCGCAGGACGCAAGAAGACCUUGUCCACGUGUAGCCCACAGAUAUUCAUCACAUGUCUGUUUUACCUGCCCAGAUGUUUCGUGUACGUCGCCAACACCGUCGGCUUCUCCUUCAGUUUGGACGUUCGCAUUCUACUGAUAUUGUUGUACAGUCUUUUGCCUCCCGCCGUUAAUCCACUCAUCUACUGUUUCAAGACUCAGGACAUCAAGCAGAUGUUGAUGAAGAGGUUGAAUAGAAGGAAAAUUGGAAUCGAGAUAAAAUUGUCUUAUUGAUGUCAAUUUAAAAAGCACACAAUGAACCAAACAGUGAGAUUUUUCUUCUGACAUCAAUUUGGUCAUAGAGUGAUAAUACUUUUGUAAUGAUGUAUACAUUAGGGUUAAUAUUCUUUUCUUUUAUUACAUUUUGAUAUUUUCAAACACUUGUUUUUGUUAUUUUGUACUUUUCAUUUUGAAAAUCUUAUUUUAUAUCAUAGUGUCGUGCUGUCUGCUUCCAAACCUUGCUACAACUUGUCUGUUAUCUGAUCUGUAAACCCAUUACAUUUCAUAGUAAUCACAGGUAAUAAUGAUGGGAAAUGUGUUUUUAUGAUAUAACAUUUAAACACAAUUAUAUAGUAAUAAUCAAUUUUCAUGUGACAUUACCACAAGCAUUUAACUGACUGUUACUUUGAAAAUAACCUUGUAUUACUGUAAUAUUACCAUGGAUAUGUGUUUACUGGUCUGCACCCGCUGUACUUAUACUACAGCGGGUACUUCUGUAUCUCGUUAUGAAUUGAAAUUACUCAUAUGUUUAAUUUUUCUCUUUCUUUUAUCUGCAAUGUCGUGAUUUAUUUGUGUUAGUGUCUCCAAAAAGAGGCUCGUUAUCAAUUGGACUUUUUCUUAAAUUAAAGGUUAAAAGUGUGUAAAUGUCCGUUGAAUUAUUUUU